AUGAGACUCCCGCUCGAGACUCUUCUCCUAAUUGUGCAUCUCGUCUAUGUCACAACCGCCGUACCCGUACCCGUGCCCGUUGCCCGCCGCAGCACAUCGUUUCGCGCCCUCCGUGGCUUGACGCCACUGGUCAACUCCUUCUCCAAUGACCAGAUGUACAAACACGCACCUACAAAGUACUUUUACGAAUCCGAGUUUAAUUCACACUAUGAUGGGCGCUUUGCCUCCGCUGAGAUUCCUUCCCGGGAACGGGUAUGGAAUCUACGGCUGAUGCUCAAAGCAUAUACAGAAACAAUGGACCAGAUUGGAAUCCAGACAUGGAUCAUGCACGGAUGUCUGCUCGGGUGGUGGUGGAACGGCGGACUCAUGCCGUGGGACAAGGACCUCGACUUUCUCGUCGAAGAAGAAGGCAUGCAAGAGCUAGGUGAAUGGUGGAACAUGACAGUCCAUCACUUUCCCGCUGCCUCACUCGGUCUCGACGACGCCCGCUCCGCCGAAAGCGACCACUGGGCCAGCGAGCGCAAUGCCGCACAUGACGACGAAUCCGAUCCCGAAGAAGACGACGACGACGACGACGCCCGCUCCAAGCGCCUGGCUUGGGAACAAGAAGUCCGUGAAAACGGCAAGAAAUACCUACUAGAAGUCAACCCAAACUACACCAACAAAUCCACCUCAGACAAGUACAACCUCAUCGACGCCCGCUGGAUCGACACCUCAAACGGUCUCUACAUCGACAUCACAACCUUACACGUCGCCCCGCUUUCCCCGGCUGAAGAAGACGACCCCUUCUCCGUCCCCCCCUCCUUCACCAUCCACCCCUCCGCCCACGAACCCGACCCUUCCGCCGAAGAAAUCCAACUCUACGUCAAAGACACACACGCCUACCUCUCCUCGCAAAUCUAUCCCUUGCGCACUUCGCUCUUGGAAAAAGUUCCCGUCAAAGUACCCUAUGCGUACGAAGAACUGCUGCUAGAGGAAUACGGGCCCAACGCCCUGACGGAGAAUUGGUAUAAUGGAUAUGCGUUUGAGAAGGACAAGGGCGUCUGGGUUGAGAGGAAUCCGACCGUCGAAGAGGCGAGGUAUUUUAGGGCCAAGUCGGGGUGGAAUACGGGGAGGAGCGCAGGGACCGGCCGAAUUACACAUGGCUGGAAGGGCGAGGGCAGAUUGGAGAGUGUCGAGGGGGGUUGGUAA